AUGGAGAGUGUGCCUUUGACAUUGGCGCAUACUCAUGCGCGAAAUGCUAUGUUUGAGACUCGAAAGUCGAAUCCAGUUGCUGCGAGUGAGGAACAUGAUUUGGCAGCGGGUGAAUUCGCAACUGCGUCUCAACACUGCUUAGACGCUUAUGCCCUACGAACUUUGAAACUACUUGAAGAAGAACACAAAAGACUCGCCAUACUUCUACGGUCCCAACACGAACAUCCCGCUAGUGUCUCAUCGCCGGAACCGUCCACAGCAGCUCCUGACCAAUCUCGUAAUAAGGAGCCUCAGGCCGACGUCAACACCCCAUCAAAGGCGAAUCCAAUAAGUAGUUCAAUAUCUGCAGCUACAAAUGAUUCAUUACAGCAGCCACCGAGGCUUCCUGGACACCAUCGCCAGUUACAAAGAGACUCCUCCUCCAUCGCCAGUAACCUAGCAUCUGCUCGAGGCAUACCCGCGUAUCCUCGACGAGCUUCUCCCGCUUCGGCAACUCUUUCCGCCCAGCCUGCUGGAGGCCAGUUGUCGGAUUCGCCAUCUCGAGCCAAGACAAGCGAAGGAAGGCUACGCGAACGAGCAAGUAAAUUAUCAAGCGCGCCGAGACAAUCAUGGGCAUCUCCAUCCAUCAGCCCAACUGAGAUCACAUCGCGGCAGGUUGUUCCGGCAGGUGCGCACGAACCAGAGCAAAAUCGGGGACGUUUUUCUACGACCGACGAAACGUUUCAAAAGUUUUACUCGAGCUUUGAAGGGCUGAUUUCCAAGCUUUCUGCACCUCUAGCAUUCGCGGGUCUGCCUUUGGGUGCUGAUACUUCCGAUCCCGCUAAGCAAAAGUCUCCUGCGGAAACGAAGAUUGACCGUCAUAAUGCAACUUCGCAACGUCCGACUGCAUCUGCCGAGCCAGAUAUCAACAGUCUGUUCUCGCGUGCUGCUUUGAGGGCUAUACGAGAGGCAAACGGAGGCAUGCCUAGCAGCGGCGCAGAGUCCUUCUAUGUUGUACCUACAACAGGCGGUACUGUUUCCUAUGCCGGCAUCCUGUCUCGAGCAGAGAAAGAUACUCGACGUGGCAGUGUUGAUGAUGGGGACGAAGACUUCGUAGAUGCAAGAGAAACUCCGUCCUCGCCAGAGUUGCGACAAAGCUUGUCCGGUAGCCGAGCGAGAUUGGCGCGUGGAGGUUCAGAGAAAGGCACCAAGACAAUGGAAGAGUUGCGCUUGGAAAAUGAAGCCUUGAAGCAAUUAUCUGACCAACUUUCCAAGCGUCUCCACAUGUGGGAAGUGAACGCUCAAUCGUCAUCCAUGGCUCUUCAGCAGUCUUUAAAAGCAAUGCACCACCAACAUAACACUUCGUCCCCAACAGCAUCAUCGGCGAUGCCACUGCCUAUGCCACACCCGUCAAAUGAUGUGCCUUCAACAGUAGACAACCACGAAAAGCGUAUCAGAGAGCUUGAGGAACUCAUUCAACGCUCCGAGAAGGAACGCGAGAAGGUCGUUCGCGAGAACGAAAAGCUCAAGUCUGUGCUGGGCAGAUACCGCGACAGAUGGGAGAAACUGAAAGAGGGAGCCAAAACCAGGAGAAAUGCAGCCGGAUCCUCUUCUGCGGCUGCUAUGGAUAGUCCGGUCACAACGCCAACGUUGCAACAAGGCGACGAACAGGAAUCAUCAGGAGGCCCAGACGAACGAAAUCAUUCAAGUGGAAAUGACGAGGAUGCUGCUUGA